AUGAAAAUCAGAAGACAAUAUGAUGAAAGCAAAUUAUUACAAGUGAAACGGCGACGAUUCCGGGGUGAAAACAGCAAGAUGGAUGUUGGAAAUGUCAACAGUGAUCUGGAUGGUUUGGAAACGAAAUUUGAAUUGAAUAGUGUUUUUGUAUCAGCUUCACGUGGUGGUCCAUCGUAUAAGCCUGAAGUGACGGAUAGCAAAUUUAACAACGAUAUUGUGACUGAUUCAAUACCAAUGUUGAAGAGAAUGAGAGAGAUGUUGAAUUCGAAUAUCGCUAGAGGCGAAACAAGCCUUGUUUUUAAUAGUGGAGACAGCAUACAGGUUGCUUCUGAUGAAGAUUUUAGCUUUACUCAUGCAAAUAUCCUUGACUCAAGCAUGUCUACUACAUCUUCGUAUAGUUUAUUUUUACAGAUAUUAUUCCCAUUCGUUCCUGCUGGCCUUGGGAUGGUUUUUGCUGGAUUUGUUCUUGAUAUUGUACAACACUGGAAUCUUUUUAUUGAGGUACCUGAAACAUUCAUUUUGGUUCCUGCAUUACUUGGCUUGAAAGGAAAUCUUGAAAUGACCUUUGCAUCCAGAUUAUCAACAUUGGCCAACAUGGGACGAAUGAAUUCAAAUCCGAAGAAGAUUAUUGUUGCAAACUUGGCUCUCAUUCAAGUACAAGCAAUUGUAGUAGCAUUUCUGGCUUCUAGCUUUGCUGUUACGCUAGCAUGGAUACCGAAGGGGCAGAUUGAUUGGUCUCAUGCUUCUCUAUUAUGUGCAAGCAGUCUAACAACGGCGUCACUGACAUCAUUAGUGCUUAGUACGGUUGUGAUAUGUGUCGUUUUAAUUUCACGGAAUUUCGAUAUAAAUCCCGACAAUAUUGCAACACCAAUUGCUGCUUCACUGGGUGAUCUUACUACCUUAGGAGCUCUGUCAUUAUUAGGUUCGAUAUUUCUCCACGCACAUCUCAAUGAUACUUGGCUUAAUGUUGGUGUAAUUGUAACAUUCAUAAUGGCUACACCGUUCUGGAUUUAUCUGGCACGAAAAGAUAAAGGUACAGUCGAUGUGCUUGAAAAUGGUUGGUCACCCAUUAUAUUCAGCAUGUUGAUAAGUAGUGCUGGUGGUUUUGUGUUAGAAAGCACUAUCAAGCGAUUUCCGAAAAUUGCAAUGUUUCAACCUGUUAUAAAUGGAGUUGGUGGCAACCUUGCAGCUAUUCAAGCUAGUCGUCUUGCUACUUUCUAUCAUCAGCACUGUCCAUUUGGAACAUUAAGCGAUACUUUAUCAAGUCGGUUCAGUUUUAGACGAGCAUUCUUUUCUAAUGACAUAGAUGCGCAUUCAGCUCGUGUGUUGCUUUUGUUUGUGGUUCCUUGCCAUAUGUUCUUCAAUUGGAUUAUACAGAUUUUACACAAAGGGAGUAGUCUGCCAUCUGGAUCACUUUUUACUAGCAUUUAUAUUUGUGCAGCAUUGGUGCAGGUUUUAUCAUUACUUUACGUUUGUCAGUUACUUGUUGCCUUUUUAUGGUCAAUACGGAUGGAUCCAGAUUGUGCUGCAAUACCAUAUUUAACAGCCCUUGGUGAUUUAUUUGGUACAUUUUUACUGUUUCUAAUAUUUGCUUCUCUUCCUUGGUUUAACAAAGGCGGAAAUUUACGGUGA